CUUUCAUUCCAUGACUGCACUCUCACUUGCUUCUCAUACUCAACUUCUCGCCUGACUUUACUUGAUACUAUCGCAUGACCCUGCAGGUUGUCUCUUCUGGUUGUUGCUAUAGUGAACGCGAGGCCAGGUGUGCUUACAUAACCCCUUCUGCAGGUCAGGUGUAGAUCGUCAAUCCAGCCAACCCCAAGGGACCGACCUCAUCCAGCGCGGAAUUCCCCUCCAUUCACCACAGACGGGCUUUCCCAUUAUUCCAGCCCCGUCUUCUGCAGUUCUCCUUUCGUUGUUGAUCACCUUCUCCCCGCAUCAUGGCCGCCGACCUCUCCAGCUCGAGGGAGCUGUAUGAAUCUGGACUGACGGUCCACUCAGAUUCUGAGAACUAUUCGGCCAAUCAUGACAUUUCCGGAUCUCAGUCCUCCUCUUCGAGCUCUCCCCUGAUCCUUUACAAGCCCCCGACCAUCUGGAGUAUCCUGCGGGGAGCUGCCAUUAAUCUCGUUCUCCCAUUUGUGAAUGGCUUGAUGCUGGGAUUUGGAGAGUUGUUUGCACAUGAAGCAGCCUAUCGACUCGGCUGGUCCGGGACAAAGGUCUUCCCUAUGCAUCGGCGUUCGAGACCUGUCGGGCCUGGGAUCGAGGUUCGAGACAUCCCGUCGCAACGGAGGGGGACUAGGGCAGCCGGACUGAAAGAUGCUACGUCUCUAGAGUAGACCCGGACGGAGUACUAGCGGACCAUAUAGAUAUCUCAUCACGC